GCUUAUGCCGUAGUUUCCAAAUCUCUAAUCACAGAGUUAACGGUCUUAGCGCUAGACCACCACCCCAAGGUUUGCCAGCCAACAUCAUCAGCAUCAAAUCCAACGGCAUCGCCUCUUCAAAUCUGUAUCAUCCAUGUCAUAUUUGAUUUUACUGCAUUUGUAUCAAUGCUUCCCCCGCUUUUACGUUUCCUACCCCGGUUCGGAGGAUGGAAGCCUCUAAGCUUUGCCAAUUCGAACUUCCCCGGAUACCACUAGCUCAAAAAAUUGAAGAAGAGACAAUCCCAGAUUAUGUCGCUACGCGGUACUCCCGCUCGUAUUGGGGAGGUCUUCAAUGCGAGAUACCAAGUCAUUGGUAAACUUGGAUACGGAGCAACUUCGACGGUGUGGCUUGCGCGGGACAUGAACUGCUGUAAUUAUGUUACCCUCAAGAUAUUCAUUACAUCUACAUCUAUAGGCCAGCAAUUAGAUGGCGAGCUCAAUAUGUACAAAUGUCUGGAGCGAGGCUCAAAAUCUCAUCCUGGUCGCAAAGCUGUGGGGAUGCUUCUCGACUCUUUUGAUGUUAAUGGGCCCACGGAUAAACAUAAAUGCCUUGUACAUCCUCCCCUAUGGGAGAGUGUCUUGACCUUUCUUCGCCGCAACCCAAUUCACAGACUACCAGUUCCAGUCAUGGCUGCCGUACUAAAGUAUCUCCUUUUAGCUCUAGACUCUUUGCAUUCUAAAUGCAAGAUUAUCCACUAUGACAUCAAAUCCGACAACAUCAUGCUCGGCAUUGCUGAUGAUUCGGUUUUCGCCCAUUUUGAGGAAAGCGAGCUUCAAACACCCAGUCCGCGGAAAGAACUAGAUGAUGGUCGCAUCAUCUGCGAGUCCCGCCAACUCAGAAUGCCAAAGAACUUUGCCCCCCCAGUGUUAUGCGAUUUUGGCUUAGCCAUGCCUGGAGAUAUUGACGAGCAUUUGGAAGAUAUCCAACCAAACUUCUAUCGAGCACCAGAGGUGAUCCUCCAGAUUCCAUGGUCAUACAGCGUUGAUAUAUGGAACGCAGGCUGUGUGGCAUGGGAUAUGUUCGAAGGCGAGUUUCUUUUUACUGGACAUGAUCCGGAACUCCAGAUCUACCGAAGUAGAGCACAUCUUGCUGAGAUGAUCGCCCUUCUUGGGCCGACACCGCCUAGCCUCCUUGCUCAGGGUAGGCUGACAAGCAAAUUCUUUUCAGAGAAAGGUGAAUUUUGCGCCGGAAUCCCUUUGCAACAUCCAGUUUCACUCGAGGAGAGAGAAACCACCCUCAAGGAACAACCGGAGGACAGGGAGAAGUUUCUGUGUCUGAUGCGGAAAAUGGUGCAGUGGGAACCAGGCAAGCGAAGCUCUGCGGAGGAACUUGUUCAAGAUGAAUGGAUCCAUGCGCAUUCAUGAAAAGGAAAAUGCCGACCUUGGUUCAGCUCUUGUACCUAAUAAAUCACAAAUCCGAGCCUUGAGAACCCGUGACUUGGACAUGUACACGAGAGAGUACAUGCGUGAUUGAAACUAGGCACUAUCUAUUUUACUCGUUUAGUCCUUGCUGUAUCUUCGAAGGUAUUUGGUGUGGACCAGCCACGAGGCUCCGUACUUUGUGUUGGGCGAAGAUACAGCCCCCCGAUAACUGAGUAUGGGGAUGUUUUCUCUUCAUUUGUUCCUUGAGGUCUACUGGUUUAUUCAGUGAGGGUUCAAGAGAUCCAGUCACAUAGUCUGAUGGUGCCAGUACCGUUCUCAUAGAUGUGAUGGGCUGGAGCCGGCCCAUUGGUGCUUGAUCCGAGCGCUGAUAAUCAGCUCUUUAUCAUUAGGGUGGUAUUGAGAUGGAUGGACAGGGCUACUACCGUCGUUGCGGUGCCUACAUGUAAACAGAUAUUCGAUUUCGCCGACUUUCUAAGAGAGGUUUAGAGUACAGAAUUUCAGUAGUGUUUCAGAAUGUUGUGUAAGUUACCUUCACAGCACCAUUGACCGAAUAAGAUCUAGUGCCUGCUGGAACUCCGGCGUGAGAAGCUCCUUAUCAUAGCCCAACCAUCUGACAAGGGUCCGAGCAGUCGAAGAGAAAGCACGGGCCAUGGUUGUUCCUUGGUAUAAUAGAGAACUUGAUAGUCGAGAUAAGAAGCAGAAGGAUUUUAUGUGGAAUCGAAGCUAACAAUGCAGAGAGCCAUCAGAUCUUGUCCUGGAAGGAUCACAAGCAGUUUAUAACUGCGAGGUUUGCUUCCGUCACUAUCUCAUAGAUUCAUUUUGUCCUUGGCAUGUCUCAGUUGCCGCCGACGGCUAAUUACUCGCUCGAUCACUCUGAUCUAUCUAUGUUUAGAAAUCAGAACGGUUGAUUCUCAAGGUAGGUUUUGAUUCGUGAUAGUCACUAGUGUUGCCAGUAGCUAAAUGGUAGGUGGCUACAUUCUCGAGCGUCACAUCUUGGGUUUCAUACUCCAUAGUAUGGAGGGAGUGAUGGCAGUCGGAACUCAUUCAUGAUCCAACCAACUGGUGUCCAAAAGCUGUUUAUGGAACAGUGCUCCCCUGUACUAGUACUUGGGCUUACUGUUUCCCUAGAAGGCGCGGCGUGACCCUCCCCCCUUUGUACUGUACAUCCUAAGCCAUUUACUCACAACCCAUGUACAGUACAUUACAGAUACUUCUUUGGGAGAAAAAGGCUUCUUCUCUUCUCGAUGAACCCUUUCUGUACUUUAGGCGUUAUAAUUUCAGUUUUAAGCAUGGGGGAAUGUUCUACAAGCUUCAUUAUUGCUAAAUUUGUCAUAUCCUUCGUCACUUCGCAGCAGAUCUCGCAUACCCUUCCUGCUUCUCAUUUCUCUCCUGGAUAUAUUUCAAGAGCCCCUCAGGUAUCUGCGCAUCAUCUGUCAACCCGCUCGGCACCGGCGCGCCCAAGUGUUCAUACAACGGGACCACCCCAGUCCACACAAGCUCCUGCCGAUCUGGUCCAUCCUUCGCUCGAUCUCGCGACUGAAUCAUGGGAAUCCCGCUCUGGUGUUUCAUCGAGCCCCGCUGGACCUGGACGCGUAUCACAAAUACCAAUGACAGCGCGAAGGAGGCGAGGGGGUUGAGGUCUUCCCAGCGCCCGGCUACGAUGUGGUCCAUCACACCGCGCAUGACAUCUUCUUUCGCACGGCGGUCUCCGACAUGCGAACAUGCGCCAUGCACCACGGCGGAACGGUAGUUGAACGUAUGCCCGUUUGGAGCUGAGGAGAGGGAAAGCCCGUCCACUAGAUUUUCGCUCGUUAGCGAUAUAUAAGCAUUUUGGAGUCGGGAUUGGGUAGAUAUCCAACCUUUCGUUGUCGUAAUGCAAACUUUUAUCCGAUCAUCUCCACUUUCAUCUGGUAUUUCUCCCCGCUCGAUCCUAGCCUUCCUCUUCACCUCAUUCGCGCGCACGAGCUCCAUAAGCCUUGAGCUCGGGUGGCCAUGUAGGUAGACUGCCUCCCCUUCCUCCUCGCACCGAAACAGCGCGAUCAUGGGUAGACAUUGCGGCAGGCCAUGGUCGACGUACGAGACAUGCGCCAUAAAAGUGUCCGAGAAAACGGAGCCGAUGGACUCGGCAUCAUACCUGCCUCGUUCUUUGUGUCGGCGUAGUUCAGCGGGCUGCAUGGCGGUUGGUUGAUGAUGCGAUAGUCCACCCGUGCGUUAACAAAUUGUUUAAUCAUAACCUGGAAGCGAACUGCAUCGCUAUUUAACAUCCGCUUUUGACACCCCAGGCUCUCUCUCGUAUUGAGAUGUUUGGAACUUGGAUCGAUGGUGCAGCGAUUAGCUCGGAGUUAAAUAGGGGGUAGGAUAUGUACAUGUAACGUUACUGAAUACGUAGAUGAUACUUAGACAUUAAUCCUUACGGGGAGUAUAGUUGAGCAUGAUUAAAAAUUUCUCUCAUCACUUAAGAAAGUGCGUUUAUAGUGAUACACAGGUUUAAUAUACAGCACUCACAUUCACUAUUCUUAUACACAAAAAGUAAAAAGUAGAAGGAGGUUCUACAGAGUACAGACACUGCAACUGAAUAUCUCAUAGUUCAAAUCGAUGUUGUCAUGUAUUGAGUGUUUUAU